AUGCUUGACUUUUCCAUGUUCAUGAACACCGUGGGGCUCGAUUUUGACUUGGGUAUCAUCUCCGAGCCCCUCUGGAGUACUCAGCACGGCAACGAGUCAGCGGCAGUGGCUGGGCCUAUCGGUCCUGGCGAUCAUCCAGCAGCGGACAAGGUGCGAGACAAGCAACGUCGAAUCCCCGACGCUUCUAUAGGCGAAGAUGACUUCCAUGAACUGAAGCCGUUGCUGCAUCCGUGGCAAGUGACCGAGGAGCACAGGCGACAGUUUCAGCUUUCACUAGCCCCCUUUGGCGACGUACUAGGGAAUUUCACGCUACCAUCCAGACUCUCGCUAGCCCGGUGCAUCGCUGGCUACGUCGACGGCUUCAGUAAUCACCACUCAUUCAUCCACGUGCCCACCUUCAACGUCGCAGCCCACUCCAGGGCUCCCGAUAUGGUCCUUGCCGUCCUUGCCAUUGGUGCGCAAUAUAGAUACGAAAAGCGGAACUCCUUGAUGCUCUACAACGCUGCCAGGUCCAUCGUGCUUGAGCGCAUUCGCAGAAGGGACCCAUGCCCGGAACCGCCCGGCAGCCAAAAUGGAGCUAACCAUCGGCAAGCGAGUCAUCAAACACAGUCUGGACGCAUGGACAUCGUCCGGACACUUCUGCUCCUGGCAACCUUCUCCACAUGGCAAAGAGAUCAAGCGCUCGUCCGUGAGUCUUUUGAGUAUCAGGGGCUGGUUGCGAGAUACAUCAGAGAAGACGGGCUGUCUGAGUCGGCACAGGACGACGGAGGCGACUGGCUCGGAUGGUCAAGGAUCGAAGUCGACCGACGCACGAAGCUCUGUGCAUUUGGCCUCCUUAACCUCCAGACCUUAGCAUACAAUCUCCCCCCUGCGAUCCUCAGCAAUGAGAUCGACCUGCGUUUACCGACUUCGUGCGAAGAGUGGUCUGCUCGUGGACCUUCGGAGUGGCUCAAUGCAAGGGAGAAGGCGCCGAAGAUAAUCCCGUUCAAGGAGGCUCUGGCGGCAUUGCUGAGAAGCACCAAGCAGUCUACGACAGAGCCAGCUCUGGUGACGUCUCCAAUGGGAAAUUUCAUAUUGGUGCAAGCGUUGUUGCAGCGUAUGUACAUCACUCACCAACUCUCUGUAGACCCGGAGGAGAAGCCAUUCCGUGACCAGGAUGUGAGUGAUUUCGAGGAAGCGCUCGAUCGCUGGAGACACGGAUGGCGGAAAGCCCCCGAAUCCGUCCUGGACCUGAAGAACUCGAAAGGAUCAAUGUCGUUUGCCUCAACCGCCCUCCUGGGCCUCGCCCAUGUGAGGCUCCAUUUCGAACUGGGCCGCCGCCGGCGACUACAGAGCGGGGAUCCGGACGUUGUGGCUACGGCAGCCUUCGAGGCGCCCCCGCCACAGCGGUCUCCGCGCUUGCUGCAAGCCCUGCUGCACUCGGCCCACGCGAUCAACAUCCCCGUCCAGCUGGGUGUUGACUAUCUGACCAAGUGCCAGGCCUUCUUCUGGGGCGUCCAGCACUCCCUUUGUAGCUUUGAGUGCGCCGUUUUCCUGAGCAAGUGGCUCUGUACGCUCUCCAGCACCUGCUCCACAGAGCCUCUCACAGAACUCGAACACCAAGUCAUCCGCUGGCUCGAUAGCAUCGUGCAAGAGGCCAAGACGUCACUCGACGAAGCGGACGAGAUCAUCUACACAGGCGACGAGCUGACGCCGGACGAUCGCUACUCGACGCAAAUCAGCAUGGAUCUGUAUCGGCUGAGCAUCGCCGUCGUCAGGGUGUUCGCGCACAUGUUCAAACGCUGCAACACCACGUGGCCAGUUGUCGAGGUCAUCGGGCAGAGCUUGGAGCGGUAUGCGGAUCUGCUGCACGAGAGGGGUCCAGGAACCCUGGGCUGA